AUGUCAUAUGAAGAUGGACCGAGCAUGUUCCAAGACCAGCUGGCGGAGAAGGUCCGGCCUUUCAUAGACUUAAUAGAUGACUUGAGAUCCAUAGGGAUAGAUAAGGAGCUGCCACUGCCAACCAUUGCUGUGGUGGGAGACCAGAGUUCAGGAAAGACCUCUGUGCUUGAGACCCUUUCUGGGGUGGCGCUGCCCAGAGGGACUGGUAUUGUCACCAGGUGCCCACUGCUACUUAAACUGUGUAAUGACAGGUCAGUGAAAUGGGAGGCUGUCAUCUCAUACGGAGGCAAAUUAAGACAUGAAUUUGACGAACCCUCAGAAGUCAUGAGACACGUUGAACAAGCUCAGAACACGUUAGCUGGAAAGGGAGUUGGGAUAUGUGAAGACCUGAUCACUCUACAGAUCACAUCCUCCACGGUGUGUGACCUCAGUCUGAUUGACUUACCCGGGAUCACCAGGGUAGCUGUGAAAGGACAACCAGAUGACAUUGGAGCCCAAAUCAACAAUCUCAUUACAAAAUACAUCAAGAAUAAGAGAACCAUUAUUUUGGUGGUGGUACCAUGUAAUGUUGACAUAGCAACAACAGAGGCCCUGAAAAUGGCAAAAGAAGUGGAUACUGAAGGCACAAGAACUCUGGCCAUUCUGACAAAGCCAGACCUGAUAGACCCGGGAGCAGAGAAGAAUGUGUUGGAAAUUGUCCACAAUGAAAUCAUCGUUCUCAAUAUGGGCUAUGUCAUUGUGAAAUGUCGUGGUCAGAAGCAAAUUGAUGAAAACAUGUCCAUAACUCGUGCGAUUGAGGAUGAGUUGGAAUUCUUCCAAAAUCAUGAACACUUCAGAUCCCUCUUGCAUCAGGAGAAGGCAACCACCAAGUGCCUAGCCACUAAGCUCAGCAAUGCCCUGGUCAAACAGAUCAAGAAAUACCUGCCCCAGAUGUCAGAGAAGAUAAAGGAGCAGCUGGCGGACAUAAAGAUUGCAUUGAGUAAAAUAGAGUGUGGGCCUCCCCUGGAACCUGAAGAGAAGAGAAAGUACCUCAUUCAGGUCAUAACAGAGUUCAAUGAGCAGAUUACCCAACUGUCCACAGGGGAUAUUAUCGUUGAGGAAAAUCUAUUUGAGCUCAUGCGAAAGGCAUUUAAAGACUGGAUGGAAUGUCUGAAAUGUGCCGAAUCAAAUUACAACGAUGAAGUGCAACAUGUGGUCAAUGAAUAUGACAGGGAACACAGGGGAAGCGAGCUGCCCGGUUUCAGUAACUACAGGGCAUUUCAACAUGUUGUUCAGAAACUAGUGGCUAAACUUAAGGCUCCAGCUAUGGCGACACUAGAGAAAAUCAGAGAAAUGGUGCAGAAGCAAUUUGAUCAUUUGUCCAGAGAGAGCUUUAAGAAUUUUCCCUAUCUUUGUUUAAUCUCAUAGAAAAAAAUUGAAAGAAUCCAGGAAUAUCAGUCAAAAAUAGUGAAGGAGAGGAUCAAGGAGCAGUUUGAGAUGGAGAUGCAGGUCUACACACAGGAUGAAAUCUUCAACAAGCAUAAUCUUGAGGAGGGGGAAACAAGAGACAACUCAGAGCACGACACCAGGAGCAAGUACCCAGGGCUGCUCAAGUCAUACUAUGAGAUUGUGGUGCAAAGACUGGCUGACCAGGUGCCCAUGCUGAUCCGUUACUUCAUCCUCAAGCAGUCAGCCAAGAUUGUGUGCAGUGAAAUGCUGGAACUGCUACACAGAGACGACACUGAUAACAUCCUACAGGAGAACUUGGAGAUCGGACACUAUCGUGCAAAGUUGCAGGCCCAAGUGGAACGCCUUUUACUGGCCAAUGACAAAGUCAGCAGCCUCUGA